GCAAACUACACUUACAUGUGAAACAAUUCAAGAUACUCAAUCACUAGAUGAAUCAAAUAACGAUACUUCUGCUGUGAAUACAAAUGAUUCCACUAGAAUCAGGAACGGUCAUGUCAAGACUAGAGGGAAAGGUCUUGAAAAAAUGAAGAAGGCUCAAGGAAGAAAGAUGAAAAUGGAGAUCCCAGUUGGUAAAGGAAGAGCAACUAAACCAGAUUAAUCAAAAAAACUAUCCAAUGAGCUAGGGAUAAUUGCUUGGAAUUUUCUUUUGCUUCCAAACAAGUAGAAAGAAUUCACAAGAGAGGACAAAGAUGCAACACUAAUUAGAUGCCAUGAGAGGAUUGAGAUUAAUUUGGAUGAGCAUUACGUGAAAGAUAGAUGUGAGGAUAUUCUGAAAACAGAAGCCGACAAUGGCGCUACAAGUUAAAACAACUAUUUGAAAAUGCACGCUCUGAGGAAGAAGCUCGUAAGAUUGAAGUGCCAGAGUCGAACCCAGAAAAUUGAAAUAGGCUUUGUGACAUGUGGAUCAAUCCAGAGCAUAAGAAACGAUGUGACAUAAACAAGGCCAAUCGAACUAAGCUUAAGUGUAAUCAUUUCAUGGGGUCAAAAGCGUUUGUAGCGGCUCGUGCUGAACUUGGUAAAACUAACCCUGAAGGGGUAGAGCCUGACAAAAUCGAGUUCUAUAAGCAUACUCAUUACACGAGUGAGAAAGGAUGGUCAUCUUUAGAGGCUAAGACUCACUAUAACAACAUGACAGAUUUGAAAGAUCUAUAUACAUCGGGAGAGUCUUCCAUGACUAUUGGUGAAAUUGUGGAUACUAUACUUGGUACAAAGUAGGGGUACAUAAAAGGACUUGGUGAUGGUCCAAAACCUAAUACUACAAGAUCUACACAAAGGAGAACGGCAGAGUUAGAAGACUCCCUCAGAAAGGCGAAACAUGAAGCUGUUAGUGCCCAACUUGAAUUACAGAAUCGAUUA